AUGACCGCCGAGACAGCUGGCGGCAUGAGGUUCCCUCCCCCGGAGGUUACGGCGACGUGGCCGAAGCCAAACUAUAUCGACCCAGAGCGAAGAGGACCAGCGAACUUGAUUGUUCAGACCACCCUUAUUAUAAUAGUCACUAUUUUUGUCGCCGUUCGUCUCUAUGCGAGGCUGGUUAUUACUAAAGCUGGCCUUGGCUUGGAUGAUGUGACUAUUGUUAUUUCCUGGAUAUUCGCGAUCGGUCUUACUAUUUGCGUCGUUCUUGCUAGUGUACAGUAUGGUUGGGAUGUACAUAUCUGGGAUCUCCCUCCUGAAGAUCGAGUUGCUAGUCGGAAGGUUAGCUGGAUCGGCUUAGUAUUUUACGCUGUAUCUGCAGCUCUGUCAAAAGCUGCUAUACUCAUCUUCUACCUACGAAUUCUCGUCUCGAGAUUCGACAAGAUAGUCACUAAAAUUGCUCUAGCAAUUGUAAUGAUCUUUAUGGUCUUUACUCUUCUCGUCCUCUUCUUCGAAUGUCGGCCAUUCGGCUACUACUGGGAAAUCCUCGUGCCAGGCGCCAAAGGCACUUGCUUGGACGAAACUGCAUAUAUGGUCGCCAUUGGUGCUGGAGGCCUCGUCCUCGACAUCGCUAUCUUUGUUAUCCCCUUCCGGUCGCUCGCAAAAUUAAAGAUCCGCCUGUCCCAGAAGCUCCAGGUCCUCGCACUCUUCUCCGCUGGCCUCUUCGUCAUUGUCGCCUCCUGCGUGCGCAUCUACUACAACGAACUCGUCUUCAUCAAGACCUACGAUGUGACCUGGCACGGCUACAUGACCUGGAUGUGGGCGGCCAUCGAGGUGCACGUGUCAAUCAUCUGCGCGUGUGUGCCGGCCUGCCGCGCGUUCGUUGCCAGCUGGAAUACCACCGCGAGCAAGGCCAGCAAAGCAAGCAAGGCGAGCAAAUCAAGCAAGUCGAGCCGGACGGGCAUAAAUCCAGGUCGUGCCGCGAAGAAUUAUAAUCCUAUCGAUGAGGAUCUGGCGGAGUUAACGUCGAGGAGCCCCCAGAACGGAUCCCAUGCGAAUGUCACGGUGGGGAGUUUAAAAAGCGGGAGGAGUGCCGAGUUUGGCGAUGGUAUAGACGGCGGGGUUACGGUGCAGAUGGAGGUGUUGCAGUAUAAUGAGAAUAGAUUUGAAGAGCGAACGGGCAAGAAGGAAGUUAGUGUAGUGUAA